GCAGUGCGGGACACGAGACGGAUGUGAGUUAAUCCGAAAAGUUGCCGAAGGAGCUGCAUUGAGGUGUCGAGGAACGCUGAUUUGUCGGGAUAAUUCAUCUGUUUCCUCAGCCUGCGGGUCGCGUUCACAGUUCAUAUUAAGAUUUCAGUUAUAUUCGCUUUUAAUAAGGUGUUUACCUUGCAAACUCACUCAAGUGAAGUUAAUUAAACGUCGUGCUUCAAGUCUCGAGCCAAAAAAACUUCAGACCUCACGCGGAGUUGAAGACUGCAUUAAGUGACGAGAUGGAGCUCUCUUUAGUAGCGCUGUUCUGGUUUUCCCAUCUAGCUCCAGUUUUGGGCUCAGCUUUUGGCAGGGAGAUGCCAGCCUCUACGAUGGAUGAUGAUUAUGACAGCCCCUUUCAUUAUGACUACGAGUCAGUGAGGAUCGGUGGUUUGGUCUUCGCUGCUGUGCUCUUCUUCUUGGGGAUCUUUGUUGUUAUCAGCCGAAAAUGCCGUUGCAGAGGAAGCCAGGCCUCUUAAAGCUAGGGGGAUUUAAUCCAGAAGCAUCCUGAGAGCAUGUAUUACCCACCAAGAGGAGACAGCAGUGGGAUGGCAAAAAGCUUCAAAAGAUCCUGUUUUCAUGUGUUCACCUUUACGUUUGACUUAAAUCAUGGUUUUCAUCCAACAUUUUUCUCCUUCUCAAAUAUCUAAACCCUAAGUUCUUAUUCGACGAGGUCUUUUAUCGUGUGUUAGGGAUUUGCAGCUGCAUUCUUCUUGCUAUUUCAUUCACUCACUUUUCACCACAAAACCUGUUUUAUAAGAACCCUUGACAUUUCCUUAGGCUUCUGUAGCUUGUAGUUCUGAAGUGUUAAGGUCCAUUUCCCUUCAUAAUGUAGCAUUUUAUACAUUUUGUAAAUUCUUUUAAUUGUUUGCAAGACACUGAUUUGCUGUUGAGAUUAUACAUUAGGGUUAAAUGAUCACAUGACUGACAGCUUUUCUAUCGAAUAAACAUGAUUAAACACAA